AUGCCCUUACCAUGGCCGUUUUCCAGAAAGUAUCCCGAGAAACCCCCUGAAUUUGCAAAUGCGAAGGAAUUUGAUUACAUAGUAAUAGGAGGCGGUACAUCCGGCUGUGUCGUCGCAUCCCGUCUCAGCAAUCCAACCACCAUCCAAACCCCCAAAAUCCUCCUCCUCGAACGCGGUCCCACAAACGAUACCUACAAAUCACGAAUCCCCCUCCUCUCAUCCAACAUCUUCGACGCAUCAAGCGGCGCAAAAUCCUGGCUCUGCGAACCAAUGUCCCAUUGCAAUGGGAAACAAUCCUUUGUUUUUCGCGCAGAUGUAUUGGGUGGUGCGAGUAGACUUAAUAGUGAAGUGUAUACUCGUGGUACCAAAGGAGAUUAUGAAUUGUGGAAGAAGAUGGGGAAUGAGAAGUGGGGGUGGGAGGAUGUAGAGCCGGUUUUUAGGAGGGUGGAGAGGGUGGUUGGGGAGGAUGGGGCGGAAGUGGUGGAAAGGGGGAGGGGGAUAGGUGGACGAUGGAUUAUGAAGCGUUUUGGUUAUUGCGAUUGGGUUUGGAGAGCGCAGAGGAUGUUUGCGGACGCAGCUGAAGUAUUGGGGUUCCCUCGCAUUUCAGAUACAAACGUGGCAGAUGCUCCGAUUGAUGAAUUAGCUAUGUUAUACAGUACCAUCAGUGACGAUGGAAAACGAAAUUCCACUUUUCAUUCUUUUCUCCCUAAAGAACUUGCUUUGGAGAGAGAAAAUAAUUUGACUAUCUGUACUAAUACCACGGUUCACCGAAUUGUGUUUUCAGAUGAAAACGGAGUUCCUCGCGCUGAUAAAGUUAUCUUUGGAAGUUCUGAUCCGAAAUCUUCGAGGAUCUUUGAGGCUAAAGUGAAGAAGGAAGUUAUUAUUUGCUCUGGCGCACUAGGUUCACCUCAAGUUUUAAUGUUAAGUGGUAUUGGUCCUCGUAAACAUCUGGAAGAACACAAUAUCAAAAUCAUACAUGAUUUACCUGGUGUUGGCUCCAACUUAACCGAUCAUCCAAGUAUACCUGUUGCAUGGGAAGUACCAAUCGAAGAGUCAAUCACUCGAGUCGUAGUAUCUCCCUUAAAAGCAGUGGUCGAAAUCUGCAAGUAUCUUCUCUUCGGAACAGGCAUCAUGAGUUUUCCAUCUCAAACACUAAGCUUCUUCACCCGAUCCAAAUCACUCAACGAAGACUCCACCGGACCACUCAUCGCACAUUGUCCAUCCACAGAUACACCUGAAUCAUCUGAAAAUCUUCAUUCCAAAAAAUCAGAAGAUCUAAUUCCAGACAUCGAACUCAUGCCUUUACCCACAAGCGCCAUGGACGACAUAGAAGAACACCAAUCCAGCUUCUCCAAAAUAGGAAUCUUCUGCAUCCUCGCCACGAUCUGCAACCCUCAAUCCCGCGGUAGCGUUCGUCUGACAUCCUCAUCCCCUCAUUCCUUCCCCGCUGUCGAUUUCGGAAUAUUGUCCCACCCAAACGACCUAAUCAUUGCACAACGAGCCGUCCACCUUGCCCUCUCAUUCGGUAAAACCAUGCUUUCCUCUGGAUUUCCUCUCCUCCGUCCCAUAACCUUUCUAUCCGAAAACCAGAAUCUCGAUAUCGAGAAUGGAAAUCAAGAACAAAUGGAUCGAUUCAUACGUCAUCGGAUCCGAAAUACUUUUCACUAUUCAUCGACAUGUCGGAUGGGUUCUGAGAACGAUGAAGAGGCCCCGGGAGUUGUGGAUGGCGAGUUACGUGUUCAUGGGGUGAGGGGUGUUAGGAUCGCCGAUACGAGUGUUUUCCCUAGGAUUGUGAGUCAUCAUCCUAUGGCUCCUGCGGUGAUGGUCGCGGAAAGAUGUGCGGAUUUCAUCGUCGAUGAUGCGGGUAAAGAGGAGUGA